UUCCUGCAUUCCCGUUUUCCUCAGAGUGGGACGUCGGAGUUACCACAGAUAGCUAAUCCUCUUUUCCUUUCUUUUUGUUUUUUUGACAAACACACACAUGACGCGGCGGAUUUGAUCUCAGGGGGUGAUCCCGGGUUCUCCAUAGUCAGAAUCUCACUUUGGGUCACGUUCCUCCCUCCUUCCCCGUCCUCCACCUCCUUCCCCUUCAUCCAUCACGACAACGGUUGCCAUGGAAAACUCUUCGGUGGCGUCUGCAUCGUCGGAGGCAGGAAGCACGCGCUCACAGGAGAUAGAAGAGUUGGAGCGUUUCAUCGACAGCUAUGUGCUUGAGUACCAGGUGCAAGGGCUUCUGGGAGACAAGGCGGAUGGAGACUUGGACCUGGACAUUGGUGGCAAGGUACCACAGUGGACAGAUGACUGCAUUGAUAAGAGAGAUGGUAGCUGGACGUCAUCACAAGGGAGAGGUUCCUCUAAACCCGAUGAGUGGGAACACAGCAGUAAUGGGAGCACAGGUUCCAGGCCCAGCUCUGGAUCCAGACCUGGAUCUGGUUCCCGCUCUGGCAGCAAGGGCCGAAACAACCAGUUCAAAGGUUCUGCCAAGAACGGAAACAGGGAUGGCUCCUUUGAUAUCCUGGGGACAGACAUAUGGGCUGCCAACACAAUGGACUCCCAUGGAGGUGCAGGUUGGGAUGUGCAGCCAGAGAAGCUGGACUUCAGCCAUUUCCACAGGAAACAUUUCAGAGGAAUGCCAAAGCACCUGCCACAUAUUGACAGGGAGGGACUGAGCAAAAAUAAGUUUGUGGACGAUGACGGCAUAGACAUGAAUGAUAUCGAGACUUUCCUACCUCAUCUGCGCUCUGUCUUCCCACCCCUUCCUAAUGAAGCUGAGAUCGCACACACCAAAAAGCUCUUCCGACGCAGGAGGAAUGACCGACGAGUAUUUGAUCACUUCACCUGUGACCAGUUAACCAUACUUCUGCCUACUGGCCCAGGGGGGAAACGGCAAGUCUCAGCCAGGAGGCAGCAGCGGUCUCAAGGAGGAGGAGGAGGAGGAGGGGGGAAGAACCAGCCUCAGCAGCUACAACAGCAGUCACCUCAGCAGGAAAAGGAUCAACCCCAACAACAGUCUUUAAACCAACAAGAGCAGAAUUUAACAGAACUGGGAGAUAACAGAAAAAAUAGUGCUGGUCGGCCACCUCGCCAGUACCAAGGAGGACAUGGGCAGCGCCAAGGAGGACCCCCACAUCAUGGAUACAGCCAAAACCGGCGUUGGCAUCAGAAUCAGAAAAGUCAAGGGCAUGGACAGACUAACGCUACAGGGGAUAAAGGAGUACCCCCAAGAACAACCAAAGACAAAGAGUCUGAGGAUGCAAAAGUGGGUGACGAGCAGAUUAGACCACCUCAAGACUGCAGCAUUAAGAGUACUAGUGAAUCACCAAAAUCUGACUCACCACCCACACAAAAUGCCUUCCCGGAUAUGACAGUUAGUAAGGAAUCUUUCAACCCAUCGCAAAGUGGAAAGGCAAGUGAGGGGCAAUUGGAGCAGCCCAAAGUUAGCCUUCUGCAGUCAUCAAAGGAGAGGCUGAGGAGGAGGCUAAAGGACAAGGAAGAAGCUAUGGUGGAGGAGUCAGGGUCCAGAUCACAGAACAUGGACCGGCUUGUGGACCUUCUCAACAGCAUGAGGAGCAACAGCAGUGGGGUGGAGCAGCAACUCGCCUCUUUCAUGGAGGAGGCGCAGUGCUCAGCACGGUCCGAGGAGACGCUGGCUCAGGUGGUCGGCACCAUCUACUCCAAGGCUGUGUCGGAUAGGAGCUUCGCUGCAACGGCGGCUAAACUCUGCGACAAGAUGGCGUUGUUCAUGGUGGAGGGGACCAAGUUCAGAUCGCUGCUGCUCAACAUGCUCCAGACUGACUUUUCCCACCGGGAAGGGCUCCAGCAGUCAGAUGUCGAGCGCUGGUUAGGUUUCAUCACCUUUUUGUGUGAGGUGUUUGGUACCAUGAGGAGCAACUCUGGCGAGCCAUUCAGGGUGCUGGUGUGUCCCAUCUACACAUGUCUUCGAGAGCUGCUACAGUCCACAGAUGUUAAGGAAGAUGCCGUCCUCUGUUGCUCAAUGGAGCUGCAGAGCACGGGGCGUCUCCUGGAGGAACAGCUCCCUGAGAUGAUGACCGAGCUCUUAGCUGCCGUCAGGGACAAGAUGCUGUGUCCAGCUGAAUCUCAGCUCACCCGCUCUCUGCUCAUGGAGGUCAUCGAGCUGCACGCACACCGUUGGAACCCCCUGGAGGCUCUCACUACUCAGUACUAUAACCGUACCAUCCAAAAGCUCACCACCACUGCCUAGUUGCCAGCUCCCAUGGAAAUAGAGACAAGCCCCAUUAAUGCCCCAUCUAUAAAAGUAACUCCACUCCUGCCUGCCUAAAUAAAUAAAUGAAAUCUGAAGUUAUUGAGCUUAAUUCUAAAUUCCAUAAGACGAGUGACCACUCCGGCAAACACAAGCUCCCAAACAGGCAUCUCUGGGCCAUCAAUGCAACGCCUACAUAUGGUGUAUUUGAACACUAACUGCUACGUGGCCAGCAGGGGCGUGCUUAGCCACGCAGAUUACCGGAGCUCGGCUGGCUGUGGCUGCUGAGAGAUAAAGGAGGGGAACAAACGAGAGGGGUCAUGCAGGGGAGAGAAGGAGAGGGCAGCAGCCUGUCCAUGGGGAAUGGAGAGAUCUGUACACACAGAUGAAUGGAGGAGGGAAGGAUAAGAGGGGUGGGGGGGGGUCAGGGUGGUCUGUGUCAGUCUCUUCAUUGUGCUUAUUGCCAAACCUCCCUCCCCUCUCUCCAUCUCCAUCUCCUCCCCCCUCUCCUCUGUCUCUCUGUUAGCCCCUGGGGUCUGUGUGGCUGAUAAAAGAGAGACGGAGGAGGCGGCGGGGAGCAGACACGGUGCUGUCUGUCUGGGCCGUCUGCCCCGCCGGGCCAGGGACCAGGUCAAAGGGCCUCGCAGUAGAGCUCCCCAGCUCCUCCCUGCCUUUGUACACCACCACCCCCUCCUCAGCAGGAAGCCCCUUUGAGGGGAUGAGACAGCAGGCCUGCUGGGCCUGGCUGGGCUGAGGAUAAGGAUCAGGCUGGCUAGAAUAGGGUGGCAGAUGGCUGCUUGAGCUCCUGUGAGGCGACACACUCCGAACACACCCCACUGGCACCCCAGUUACCCACAAAAGCAGUAGGAAUAUUGCAGUGUUGGUUGGGGGUAGAGGGUGGGGGCAACAUUAAAAAAAAAAAAAAAAAAAAGCUAAAGCAGACUGCUGUCUGUCUGAUAACUCUUUUGUUUUUGUCCUGCAGGGGAAUGUCUCUUCUCCUCUGUAAAGCAUUGCAUGUCAAUGCUUUGUUAACCCCACCAUUAAUAUUAUAUAUUUUCUAAUCAUUAAUUGUUUUUAUCAUUGAUGUUUCAUUUUAAGGUCUUGUUUUUAUGGUAAGAUGUAUGUAUGAUGUUAUAGCGGUAGGCCUUAUUGCACAGGUAUGAUUUGUUUUGCACUGUUUUGAGGCUUUUGAGGAUUUUUUUUAAGGAAAAAAACUUAAAUUUGAAGCAGUGCUUGUGGAUAAAUAUUAAAUAUCAGUAGUGAAAGAGACGGGUUGAGCAUAGUAAGGAAUUUUAGGAUGUUUUAAUUGACUAGUGGCCUUGUCAAUUAUUCUUUUUUUUAUAGGAGCUUUUCUUUCUGCUGCAGCACAGUAAAUGCUAAGGACUAAGAUUGAGGUGAUCACAGUGGUUUUGCAGAAGAAAACAUUUAAAGAAGAACAUUGAAAAAAAAAAAAAAAGCAUGGCUCGCAGAGAAAUAGAAGUAAAAUGCUUGAAAAUCUCCUUUUCAAG